AAAAAAAAAAAAAAAAAAAAAUCGAAAACCGAUGGUCAUGCAGAAGCGAAGAUCUCACAAGAAAUCCCGCAACGGCUGCCAGAACUGCAAAAAAUGGCAUACAAAGUGUGACGAGCAAGGUCCGCCUUGCAAUAACUGCAUACUUCGAAAGGCCACUUGUGUCUACAGUCGAUCUAAAACUGAAGCUUUCAAUGAUGGAAGCUCUCUAUCUAUGCGUCCCAAAUACGGGACCGUAGCAAGAUAUCCCACUUCUGUUGAACGACCACGAGGUGACUUGGGGGCAUUAUGUGCGGCAUACGGGGGGCCUACUAGACUCCUAGAGCUUGAAUUAAUGAAUCAGUGGUCAACGCAUACAUACAAAUCAUUCUGUGGUAUGCAGGAAGAUGUGGAAUACUUGCAAUCGAUCUUACCACGCUCAGCCCUCAGCCACGACUUCAUGUUGAACUGCAUAUUUGCUAUAUCAUCUUUGGAAAUAGCGAGGACUGUCGGAGAAGCCAAUUCCAGUAAAUACGUCAACGCGGCACUUGAAUACUACAAUCGGGGCAGCACCUCAUUUCGAGCCCACCUAGGGAGUAUGAACGCCGAGAACUGUCACGUCUUAUACAUGUUCUCCGCCAUAGCCGUUGCCGUCCAUCUUUCGACACCACAACGUUCUACCAAUAUACUCGAUCUGGCAUCAGUGGCUUUCGACCUAGUCAAUGGUAGCACCAGUAUUGGGAUGCUAGGGAUGCCAUGGCUUCUUGACAGCCCCUUCCCGCUACGCACCAUGCUAACCCGCUUGGGCGCAUCAAAAGAUUUAAUAGAUCCAGAUAUUAGAGCAGCCUUAGAUAGGUUGCUCGAACUCAACAAGAAGCAACACGCAGGUACACCCAAACCGAUAGAAAGCAUUGAAGAGACGGGAACUAUCACCGUAGUACACGACUACGAACUAUACCAAUUAGUAAUCCGUGGUCUAGAGAUGGCUUACGCUGAGGAAGCAAGAGGACUUUUGGAGGGAUUCGGUUCUGGAUUUCCAGGAUAUGCGGGGAAGAAAUUCGCAUCGCUCGUCGGCAGACGCGAUCCGUUCUCAUUGCUCAUUGUCCUGCAUUGGACUAUAUUAUUAAAUGAAAUCAACAGCAGGUUCUGGUGGGUGAAGUCAGUAGCAGCGCCACUUGGCCAAGAGAUUGCAGAUUUCCUACGGACCGAGCACCCUGCUUUGGCCAUAGAAUGGGCCGACGCUAUGUCGUGGGCUUUGGGUCGGCUUGGCUUGCUAACAUCUCGAUCACGAGAGUUAUCAUAUAACCAAGAGUUGAUCGAAUGGGAACAGACGGAAAGAGCCUCUUCUCAGCCGAUAAUGCAAUCUAGCAAAAUCAUUUUUAGAUAGAAUAGCCCCAGAGGGGCUUGAAGGAGAAACUAGGUACACUAAACCCCCUUGUCCAUUUAUGUAAAUACGGACCAUCUCAUAUCCACUUACCUGGCUGUUGAUAGUUCAGCUGUCAGGAUUUAUACCCGUUGAUUGAUGUCAUACACGGAGUGAGUGUCUAGGAUAGGUAGACCAAGUAAUAAUAGUAUUGAUCUUGUAA